ACCCAAACCUCUUUCGGCGGCUGCUUUGUUUGAGGAGAGUAUACCUUGUUUCUUCUUCCUCUGUUAGGGUUUAUAUUUUUGGGAUUUUCAGGUGUUGAACGUCGAUAUGGACAUGUCUGCUGCGGUUGCUCCUACUCCUUCUGCUCCUGCUGAUGAAACUGUUGAGUUGCUUCAGAAGUUGUCCUUAGAUGCUCAAGCAAAGCCCUUGGAAAUGCCUGAGCCAACCAAGAAGUCUUCCGUUUAUCAGUAUGGGUCUGUUGAUCUAGGCAAUCCUGCAAAUGGCCAAAUUCCUUCAUUUGAGCGAUCUGCAACACCAUUGUUUCAGGAUUUUGUGGAUCCAGCCAUGUGCUAUCUGCCCAACGGUUAUCCAUCUGCCUUUUACUAUGGAGGAUCAAAUGAUUGGGAUGAUUAUACAAGAUACGUGAAUACAGAUGCAGUUGACAUGACUUCAGGAGUCUAUGGGGACAAUGGGUCUCUUCUGUAUCACCAUGGUUAUGGAUAUGCGCCAUAUCCACCAUAUUCACCUGUAGGUUCUCCAGUGCCUACUGUGGGAAACGAUGGUCAAUUAUAUGGGCCACAGCACUACCAGUAUCCCCAGUAUUUUCAGCCUCUGACUAACAACAAUGGAUUGUUCACUCCAACUGCAGCUGCUCAAUCCCAAGGCGAACUCUCCGCUUCUGCAGCUGCUGAUCAUAAGCCAUUACCUGUGGAAACAGCGAGUGCAAAUUCUAAUGCUGUUGCAAAUGGUGGCGGUGUGAAAGGAACUAAUGGUUCAGCUCCACUGAAACAACCAGUGUACCAAAAUUCGUUUAAUUCGAAUAAUUCAUAUGGAAGGAGUGCUUUGCCAGGUUCUCUUCCUACCUCUGGAUAUCAGGAUCCAAGGUAUGGUUUUGAUGUGUUUAGGUCUCCUAUCCCUUGGGUGGAAGGGGCUAUGUUUUCAGAUGGGCAGCACAGGCCUGUGACCAGUAGUGCAAUGAAUUCUUCAUUUUCAAAGGCAAACAAUGUUCCAUCUUCAUGGAAUCCGAAUUACCGUUCAAAUUCUCAUUACAUGGGAUACAACCCUUCCCCAAUGGCUGGCAUGGGUUCAGCUCAUGGGUUUUUAAAUAGAGUGCAUGCAAACAAGCUAUAUGGCCAGUACGGAAACUCGUUCAGACCUGGAAUGGGUUUCGGUUCUAGUGGUUAUGACUUGCAAACAAAUGGACGUUGGUUAGCUGUUGACAGCAAGUAUAAACCCAGGGGACGGGGCAAUGGUUACUUUGUGUCUGGUAAUGAUAAUAUGGAUGGUCUGAAUGAGCUGAAUAGAGGGCCUCGUGCAAAGGGUCCCAAGAAUCAAAAAGGUGCUUCCCCUGAUGUGUCAGCAGUCAAGGGUGUGAAUGGGACAACAGAAGGAACUAAUGGCGAGGAGAAGGAAGAGGCAUAUGUGGUCCCUCAUUGGGAACAGUACAACAAAGAAGAUUUUCCUUUAUACCAUACUGAUGCUAAAUUCUUUGUUAUUAAGUCCUACAGUGAAGACGAUGUUCAUAAGAGCAUUAAGUAUAAUGUCUGGGCUAGCACACCAGGUGGCAACAAGAAGCUUGAUGCAGCUUACCAGGAGGCUCAGCAGAAAUCUGGGGCCUGCCCUGUUUUUCUUUUCUUCUCAGUUAAUACCAGUGGCCAAUUUGUUGGCCUUGCUGAGAUGGUAGGGCCAGUUGAUUUUCAGAAGAAUGUUGAGUACUGGCAACAAGAUAAGUGGACUGGUUGCUUCCCUGUGAGAUGGCAUAUAGUGAAGGAUGUUCCCAACAAUUCUUUGAAGCACAUUACCCUUGAGAAUAAUGAGAAUAAACCCGUUACAAACAGCAGGGACACACAGGAGGUCAAGCUAGAGCAUGGCCUUAAAAUGAUAAAAAUUUUCAAGGAGCAUUCUAGCAAAACAUGCAUUCUGGAGGAUUUUGAAUUUUAUGAGGUUCGGCAGAAGGCAAUUCAGGAGAAAAAGGCCAAGCAUCAGCAACAGCAGAUCCAAAAACAGGUGUGGGAAGGAAAACCUGUUGAUGAGAAGAAAGUACUGGCUAAUGUGUCACAACAAUCAUCCGAGGUUGCAUCUGAUUUGGUGAAGGAACCUACUUCAAUUAUUCAGUCUAAUGGGGACCUAAAGCUUUCUGAAAACAUAUCAGUGGCAAAAACCACGGAUGACCAUAAGGUUGCUAAGCCAGCAGCAAUGGUUUCUGAGAAAAGGGUUUUAGCAAAUGGGGUUGCUAAUGGUUGCUAACUUCUUUCAUCAUGGUGGCUUGUGGUCUUGUAUAAUAUAGCAAUAAGUUUUAUUGGAAAUUUUGCCGUGUUUAGAAUAUAGAAUACAGAAACACAAGCCGCCAACUGAUCUGUCUUGCUGCUGCAAUAAGAUCAAUGGUUCUCAAGAUUUUCAGAUUGGUGGUAAGGCAGCGUAGCAUCUAUAAGAACCUAGGAGGCAGUGAAGAUAAUACUGGGGGGUUUUGUCCUUAUAGUGAGUAGCUCCUGACAGGUUUCCAUUCCAUAGGAGUUGGGGUUUAGGGAUUAUGGUUUUUUUUUUUUUUUUUUAUUCCUUUUUUUGGGGGUAUUUUUUUUAGGGUUUUUCCAUAACCAACUCAGAAUUUUUUUUUCUUGCCCCUUUUUUCUCCGCUAUCAUAUGGUUGUGAAUUUUCAGCUAAAAAGGAUCUUAUAAUCGGACACUUCGGUGCGAGCAACUUUUGCAGAUUUCGGUUUUGAUUGUCGCUUUGUUAUUUUGAUAUUUUAUUAAUACAAUGUAAUGUCUGCAAAAUGAAAAAUUCGAAUUCCA